UUCAGACCUGGGUGGAGGAUCCACAUCUUUUUCUCUGCUGAUAAUAAGAGUCGGGAAAGGAAGGAGUGGCUGUGGAUAAAUGAGUUUACACUCUUGCUGUCUUUUAUGUCCUCGCUGAAACUUCCUUUCAAAGAACAGGGUGUCUCCUCCCAGUUGGAGACAAUAAUACAAGAGCAAAGGGAAAAAAAAGGCCCACCAUUAAGCUCUGGAUAAUUAGAGUUCCUGCUUUUUUUCCUUUCCUUUUUUUAUUCCAAGGACUUUAUUGUUCCAAGAAUAAACACUUUUCGCCUAUGCACGCACACAUAUGCACACCCAGCGGACAGAGAGAGCAAGAGAGAGUGAGCCGGUGUGUCGCCUGUUGGGACGCCGGGUCGCCUGCAGGCCUCUGCGAUGUCCUUGGUGAGGUUCAAGGAGUUGGGGGAAGAAGAGUCCAACUCGGAGGAGGAGAACCUCGACAGUGUCAAGGCCUUGACAGCCAAGCUGAAGCUGCAGACCCGCCGCCCUUCGUACCUGGAGUGGGAGGCCCGUGUGCAAAGCCCCUCCUGGCGUAACGGACUCCGAGAUGGAGCCCUCAGGACCCUGCGAGAGAAGCAGGGUGGGGAGACGGCUGAGGAAGAUUCCCAGGCCCCCGAGCCUUUGAAGACCAUAUGUGGGUUCCCCACCAUUGGUGAUGCCUUGGAGUGGCUCAGGAUGGAGCUGCGGGAGAUGCAGACCUUGGAUCACCAGCUGGCGCGGCAACUGAUGGGUCUGCGUGCUCAAAUUCACCGGCUGAAGGUGGAGCAGGCCUGUCACCAACACAAAGAGAUGCUGGACGAUGCCACCUUUGAGCUGGAGGGCUGCGACGAGGACUCUGACCUGCUGUGUAACAUCCCGCCCAAGAUGGCUUUCCUGUUGUCUACCCCGCUCAAGCACAUUGGUGUCACGCGCAUGAACAUCAACUCUCGCCGUUUCUCCUUGUGCUGAAGGGCCUGGACCCAUCUCCCGCUUGCUUUUUAGGGCCUGCAUUCUUCAGCAAAGGACAUGCACCUAUAGACCCCUCGAUUGCCACUGCGGAUGAGGCACUCUCGCCUGCAGCAACCAGGCCUGUGUUUUGGUUAUGGGUUGGAGAAUCAGUUUCCCAAAAGGACAGGGAGAGAGCCCUGUCAGCAGGGGAUUCUGGGUAACUGCCCAGGGCAGUGCUUUGUAAAAUAAGGCAUUGUUGCUGCAGGCAGCACUCUGCACCUGCCACCAUCACUUCCACAGUGGCAUGUGCUUCUGCUGCUCAGAAAAGGCAGGGAGUGAAUGAAAGAUGAAGGAGGGCAGGCAAGGACUCCAAAUAAAUAACUCAAGGGAUCGUGAGCAGCAGCGUGUAAGAAAUUAGGGGAUGUGGGCAGGUAACCUGAUGGUAACCUGGUUACACUAACUAGCAAAGGGUGCCUGGCUGGUUUGUAGGAAGGAUAUGUUUUUGUUUUUGUGGGGUUUACAAGGCCAUCUACCAGGCCAAAGAGUCCCAGGAACUGGCAUGUGGGAUGGGCACCAUUUUUACAUUUCAGAGAGCACCUGAAAGUUUUACAGGCAGCUCCUUGGCUGAGCUGGAGAGGAAAAUAUAACAAGAGCCAUGGGAUGAUUCAUAGCUUCAGGUUUGCUCGCUUAUCAGAACUGAGUCCAAAAAUCUGUAUUUUUUUUUAAAAAAACACCGGAUUAAUCAUUCAUUCCAAUGAUUAUAUAGCCUGUGCAAAUUUCCGAAUGACAGGAUGCAAACUGGAGGGACAUAUACGGCUUUUUACUCUCUUUGAUUAAAAAAAUCUAUUAAAAAAUCAAACAAAAAAAAUUUGCAUCCUAUCAUUUGGAAAUUUGCACAGGAUUUUUUUCAUGUUUUUUUUUUUUUUGCCUGGGAUUGGAAGAUUGUUAAGAGGAUGGGAACCUGGGUGUAAAGAUUGCUGAAGUCCAAUGGGGAGGGGGACAGGGAGCAUUGGCAGAUUCCCCCGCCCACCUUGUUUCUGCUGGUCCGUCUGUUUCCACUUCCACAUUGCUUUGCGGAAUCCACAGCAGAUGGUUUUAUAACCAUGAAAAAGCCUAGGCACCUGGAGAAAGUAGCCAAGUCCAUAUCUUUUUACCAGAGGCAUUCUUAAAAGAUACCCUGGCAAAGGGAGUGAGCUUUGGGUCUCCUCUCCCUUUUUCUCUCUUUUAAAGAAAAUUAUUAUUAUUAUUAUUAUUAUUAUUAUUAUUAUUAUUAUUAUUAUUAUUAUUAGGCUUUGCUUACAGGGCAGCUGGGUACACUGCAAAGGACAGCGCUGGUGAGUCCCCAGUGACCUCCCCAUCUUAAUUUGCCCAGGAUAGGAAUGGGCUAAUAUGUCAACUUUGGUUUUUAAUUUUUCCAAUCGUAAGUUCAGUUCUCCACAUUUCCACAUCAAUUUGCUAUUUUUUGAAAAAAAGUCCUCACCGGCGUUUUAGUGCAAAUUCCUUCCAAUAUAUUUUUGUAUGCAAUUUUAUCUAAUUUAUACGUUUGCAAAGCAAUUUAUCCUAAUAUAAUGCAUUUUUGUAUGUUAUUUUCAUGAAUACAAGCAUUUUUAUACACACCUUCCCCCAGUAUAUGCAUUUUGUUUAAUGUAUUACUUGGCUGGGGAAUGGCACUGCUAAAUUUGGAGAAGUAUGAAUUUUGAAGGGUGGCCGUGUUUUGGUCUGCAUAUUGUUCUGAAAACUGCAAAUUAUAUUCAGUAACUUUGCCUUUAAAUGAAAACUGAAUCAAAAUUCUCCCCUAUCCCUUGCCCAGAAGCACAUAUACAUAAAAUGAACUUAUGCAGAUUUUUGCUUCAACAUGGGCCUGUGGCCUCCCCUGUCCCCCCUGAGUCCUGGCAACCCCCAUGCCUGUUACCCCCUCACCACAGGAGCCAGCCUGACUAUUCUUUGUCAGGGUCCUGCCUCAGAUCCACAAGCCCUCUGAGGUUGGGGAGGCAGGGAGUGUCCCAGGAUAGGGCCUUCUGAAUUGCACCCCCCCCAUACUUUGGAUUGCUCUCCUCAGGGAGAUCUGCCUGGCACCAGCUCUGACAUUCCUUCAGCUGGAGUUCCCCAGGUCAUUUAGAUAUUGUACUUUGAUGUGUCAUUUUAAUCUGACUCUUCUUGUCUCUCCCUAUUGCUCUGGUUUUAUUUUGUAUUUCUCUUUAUUAUGUUAUUCUUAAUCUAUUUUAGCUGCUCUGAGAGGCUGUUGCCUGACCAGCAGGUUCCAAACGUUAUAAACAGAGAAAUAAAAUGUAUACCGGUUUUGCUGUCCCCUGUUUUGUAUCUGUUGUCUUUUGCCUUAAGUUUUAACCCUCAACACUGAGGCAAGUUCCAGGUGCAGCUUUGCACAGUUUUGUUUCAACAGUCCUGAGACUUACCGGAUGUGUUCUAACAUAUGUUCAUUUAUAAAUCAAAAAGUUGAGCAGAUAGUGAGCAAACAAACAGGCAUGCAGGAAGGCAAUGUCAGUCCCAACUAGGGAUGGAAGUACCUGUCAGCUUUGUUUCUCAUUUUCCCAUUCUUUAAGCUUGUUUCUCCUUAUUUCAGGAGCAAUGUGUGAUUUUUUAAUUAUAAAAAAAAAAAAAGAUCAUGAA